UCGAAAUUAAUGGUUGAAUGAGAGAGAGCGUGAAAGUCUGGAAGGGAUAACAACUUAAUUAGCAAGAGUCGAAUGUUUUCUACUUCAAAAAAUACAUAUAUGUUGGCUGUGUGUGUGUAUCAAGAACAUUUCAAGUAACACCAUUUGCCCGCAGAGAUUGUAAAUCAACCGGCACGUUUCAUUCGUGGAAAUGGAACUUUGCGUUUUGUGUGUGUGUAUGUGUGUGUUGUUCACAAUGCGCCUGGAGAUAUCUGUUUCUAUUAAAAUUCCGAAUAAAAACCAUUGACAUGGUCGAUCGACAUGGUUAGUUUUAACAUAAAAUUACCGAGUAUACGUUCAAGUGUUCACAUUCGAUAGCGAACAAAUUUAUUUGCUUCAUCUCGCUCUCACUGGGUUUCAUUGAAUAGUUUUCCGAGUAUUUUUUUUUCUGUCUUGUUGUUCAUUCCGUUUUUUUUCCUGUUCAAUCUAUGUGUGUGCCGGCUUUUGGUCGAAUGAAAAUUAACAAGAUAAAUGUUUUUUGUCGGUAAAAAGAUAUCAUAGCUGAAAAAAAAAACCAGGGUAUCACUUAGAGUUACAUGUUAGUGCAGAACAAAUAAUUGGAUUUCGGUGAGUUUUUUGUGCGAAAAAAGCGGUGCUGGGCUGUCGUUGAGCUGUCUGCAUUCCAUCCCGUUCAUUUAUGCUAUUCGCAGUCGGAGUUCAUUUUGUGAAUCAAAGACCGGAAAAAAAUCGCUAUAUUUCACACAGUGCAGUUUCAUUAGCCAAUUUUAGUGAACUUAUUCUAUCUCGAGCGCGCAAGCAGAUAAAAAGUGAUACAGUGCACACUGCACAGACACACACAUACACAUUUAGAUAAAUUAGGUUGGACAACAUCGAAAAAGUGGACGAGCAGUACAACGAAAGGAAAAAAACACAAGCGAACCAUGCAGAAAAUUCGAGUUAAACUGUUUUGCAAAUUUAUUAUCAUUUUGUGUUGGAUUGGAUGCGGUAUGUGUGACGAUGCUCAAGUUCCAGGGAAUUCCAUUUUUAACCAAUCCACCGUGGUUAAUCAAACACGCCAGGCAAAAUGGUUUCCAUUUUAUACGAUUGGACGAUUCUUGAAUACACCAUGCCAAGGCCAAAAUCAACUGCUCGGUACAUGCGUGCUUAACGGUGAAUGUCGUAGUGCUGGUGGAAUUGUAGCCGGAACGUGUAGUUCACGGCAAGCAGUUUGCUGUGUUUAUCAACAAACUUGCGCUUCGUCUACGGCUGAAAAUAACACUUACUUUGUGAAUCCAAACCAUCCGGGCACCUUGUGGGAUGGCGUCAGUCAAACAUGCGCGAUGAGAGUGGAGCCGGCUGAUAAUGUGUGUCAGCUUAGAAUCGAUUUUCUCGAUUUUUCAUUAGCACCGCCAAACGGCGAUGGCACAUGCAACACGGACGUCAUUUCAAUAACAGGUUCAGCAACAAAUGUACCAACGUUGUGCGGCGAAAACGCAGGCCAACAUAUAAUCGCUGAUUUUGCUGGCUCAAAUCCAAUAACCAUUGCAAUUAAAACAACAUCCAGCUACACAUUUGGUCGCCAUUGGAACAUACGUGUCGUUCAAAUAAAUUGCGAUUCCGAAUAUAGAGCACCGUCGGGUUGUUUGCAAUAUCAUCGCAAUUCAAGUGGAAUAAUUCGAAGUUUCAACUAUGCAUCGUCUCCGAAUUCAAUACCAAACUCAAUCGGUGUGGAGGGAACACGUCAAAUAGCGUCGUUAAAUUAUGGCAUUUGUAUAGCGGCUAGUGCUGGUUCAUGUUCAAUUACCUAUUCGCCGAUUUCGUCCGAUCCAUAUUCGUUCACCAUGUCCGGUGACGUGGGUGGCAUUGAUGCGGCUAUACUCGGAAGUGCAACGUUACAACAGCAAAUGUGCACAACCGACUAUGUAAUUAUACCAAAUCCAAGCCAAACUGGAAUUCCGUUGUCCACUGGCAGCGACCGUUUCUGCGGGCUUGGUCUUACAGCAACGACAAGCAAUGUUAAACCAUUCGUUCUGUAUGCAGUUACGGACGAAAACGAAGCGCUCGAUAUUGGAAAUCGUGGAUUUGCAUUGGCCUAUGCACAAAAUGUAUGCCCAGUAGUUUCAUCAGCAGGCAAAUAAUCUGGAUUAGCAUAUAUGUAUUAAUAUUAAAUAAAAAUGGAAUUCUAAUUUUUG